AUGGGGGCCAUCACCUCCGCCAAAAGCUUUGCCCGGUCCAUUUGGGUCAGCAUCAAAUCAGUAUGCCGUGCGAUAAAGAAAGUCAUCCUGACGUUGCUCCCCUUCUACGGUCUUACAUUGAUACUUGGCUUCUAUCAAGGUGCCAUCAUCGCACAGUGGUAUUCCGAAACGAAAGAACAAAAUGCCCGAUUCCUCUUGAAAAACGUCCUGGAGUACAAGAUCAUUGAGUAUUUCGACGAGCCUUACGAUACUUGGUCCAACGUCGCACCUGUAUUUCAUGUACCACAAAUCAUUAACCCUCUCAAAUGGACUACACAAGUAGGUCUCAAACCACCUACAGUAUCGGGCUACGGGGAUGAGGAAGAGCUGGCAGCUCUUGGCCACUUAUACCGAAGAACGCGCCGUCAUUCGAAAGCACAGCAGUGGCAUCACUGGAUCUAUCUGUCGGCGCAGCAAGAACCUUGGAGACAAUCUGAGGGUUCGAUCCUGCAUGAUCCUUGGGACAAAGCAUUCGUGGAACUCUUGGAGUACAGGGACAAGCAUGAUGAUAUGAGACGAUCAAACUUUCAUUAUGUAUCAUGCCAAAAGAGCUUCCUCUGCGGAUCCUGGCGUGUUGCUGCUCCGGCACUGCUACACUUCACCACCGAGGGAAACAAAAGCCAAUUGACUGGUAACUCACAUGAUCUCCCGAAUUACACACCUGUCAACACGCGAGUGUUCGAACUGCCCCUACGCGACAUAGCCAUACCAGGCGCAUUUCCGAGUCACUUUGAACAGAUGAGAUCUCUUACAGCAAGUAACUCCACCUUCUGGCAAUCAAAAGGCACAUAUUCGCAUUUUCAUCAGGUUAUAGCCCAAACAAGCCCAGUGCUGAGGGAUGCAGAAACAGCAUCUCACUGGACUUAUAGUUUCCUGGUCAAGGCGGAAAGUAAAUGGACUCGCCUAUGGGGACUUGAAGAUACAGACUUGCGGGGAUAUGCCUAUUUACUUGCUUUUGCAUCAUCUACAUUUCCAACGUUCAUUUACAAGUUCGCUCCCACAAAUUGGGCUAGCCGGGGGCCAGGUCCAGAGCACAAGAGUAAAGAUCCACUAGCACAAACACUUCAGGAGUUAGUGGAUAUGCUGAGCGAGGAGGAAAGAGAGAGGUUUAGAAAGACAGAUCGCGGGGAAAGAAUAUUGGGGUUGGCAGAGGCGGGGCUGAAAAAAGAGCAGUGGAAUACUAGGGAAGAAGUUCUUGAGGAUAUUCGCAAUGCCUUGGGACUACAUAGAGAUAGGAAGGUCAAGGGUCAGUCAGGAAGAAAAUAG